CCCGUACAAAAGAACAACCACGCCGAUCUCAUCUGGGUCUUUAUGGUUCCUGUUGCCAUUAUUAGGAGAUCGCCCAUGCGAUCAUAUUUUUGGUGGAAAACUGCACAAGUGUCCGUUUGGACGGACCUUGGAGAACGGUCGAAGCCUUGUUGGGGCCAAGUGUUUCCCAGAACGCUAAAAAGCAGAACUUUACGGGGUCUUGGCCCCGCUGUGUGAGCCUUCGUUUUCUCUUUCUACACCGCCUCCAUUACUGAGACGCCCAAAUUGUGUCUCUAUUUUUCUAUUGUUUGUUUUGUUGUCAAUAUGUCGCCGUGAUGGAGUUUCUGUGUUUGACAGAAAUGAAUCAGGGUCUGACCCGCAGUCGCAACAACCCGGUCUCCUCUCCCUUUGCCCCAUUUAAUGCUAGAGCGCACGGACGCUCUCUCCCUGGAGCUCGGCCUAAACACCGCUCACCGAAAAGAGACAACUAUGGAGAAGAAUCCAAACAGCAAUGCCAACAGCAACAAGGUUCCGCCCCGUUCGAGUUCUACAGGCCCAACAGCCGGCGAAUCUAAACCGAAAACAGAUGGUAAGAAUAAUGGAAGCUCUAAGCGCUACAGCCGCAAACGAGAGCCCUCCCUUCCCAAGAGUGACAGUUUCCCUGGCCCUCGUCGCACCAAUUCACAGAAAAGCAAGAAUUUUGACAAGAGGCCCACCCAGAGAGGUGAAGCCCGGCAGUAUGGCAUUACAGGUGGAGGAAGACGUGAAGAGGUAGCAGAGUGCCGCCGGGCCGAGUUCAGCCCGGCUCAGUUUGCUGGACCCAAAAAGAUCAGUUUGAACCACUUGCUCAACUUCACGUUUGAGCCUCGUGGGGGCCAUGGUGGCCUAGGAGGAGAGAAACACUCCUGCUGGGGCCGCCACAACAAGUGGGGCCACAAGCAUAAGCCCUUCAACAAGGAGCUUUUCCUCCAGGCCAACUGCCAGUUUGUGGUGACUGAUGACCAGGACUACAAGGCUCACUUCACUGACCCAGACACUCUUGUGAACUGGGACUGUGUGCAGCAAGUGCGCAUCUACAGUCAUGAGGUUCCCUCCUGCCCCAUCUGCCUCUACCCCCCUGUAGCGGCUCAUAUCACCCGCUGUGGCCACAUCUUCUGCUGGCCAUGCAUGCUGCACUACCUGUCUCUCAGUGACAAGAGCUGGUCCAAGUGCCCCAUCUGUUAUGAGUCUGUACACUCUGACGACCUCAAAAGUGUGGUUGCAAUGGAGACCAGGCAGUAUGCAGUUGGUGACCUCAUCACCAUGCGCCUAAUGCGAAGGGAGAAGGGGGCUCUGGUGGCCAUGCCCACCUCCCAGUGGGUGAAGGUGGAGGAGCCUAUUUGCUUUGGAGAUGUGCACCUGAGCCCGUACUCCAAGCUGCUGCUUGCCUCUCAAGAGCAGUUACUGGGCCUGGUGGCUGAGGAGAAGUUUGUUUUGCAGGCUCAGCUCACCCUGGAGGAGGAUGCCAUAGCCUGUUUCAUCCAGAGCGCCCUGUGCAGUCUCCAGGAGCGAGAGGAGGCUCUGCUGAAGCACCAGAAGGCAUGUACUAAGGACAACAUAGAACUGUCGAGUCUCACUCUGGCAGACCCCCCCUCCCCUGAGGAGGAAGUAGUGACAAUCUUCAGCAGUACCAAGCCGGUGCUGCAAUACUCCUCUGCAUUUGAUGAUGAGGUAGCAGAGGUUCCAGAGGAGGACCCAGAGGAUGUGCCUGGUGAGGAACCAGAGCUCCCGGAAGGGCUCCUGGAGAGAGUGCUGGAGGAGUCCACUGAGGCCUCUGGGGAUGCAGCUCCAGAACCCCAGCCUGCUGAGGAGAACCCUCCCAGCCAGGCUGAAACAAUGCGCCCCCAAACCUCAGAGCAUGGCCCCUCCUAUUACUUCUACCAAGCGGAGGACUGCCAGCAGAUGUUUUUGCACCCAGUGAACGUGCGCUGUCUGCUGCGUGAGUACGGCAGCCUGGAGGCCAGCCCUCACACCAUCACUGCCACUGUGGUGGAGAUUGAGGGGCAGACUAUCACAGAGGAGGUUCGCCGUCGACACCGCUACCUGGCUCACCUACCGCUCACCUGUGAGUUCAGCAUCUGUGAGCUGGCCCUGCAGCCCCCCACCCUGUCCAAAGAGACCCUGGACAGCUUUGCAGAUGACUUGGAGAAAAGAAAGCGUCUUAGACAAAAGAAAGCAAGGGAUGAGAAGCGUAGGGAGAGGCGUAUUGAGAUGGAGGAGAACAAGAAGCAGGGGAAAUAUCCAGAGGUGCAUAUUGGGCUGGAGAAUUUUCAGCAGUUCCCGGCAUUUGGAUCACCACUUCACAAUGGCAGUCCACCUGUGUACCCUGAAUUUCUGUUAGCCCCUCCCUCAUUCCUCAGCAGCAGCCCUGUCUCUGAUGGGCUGAUGUUCCCCAGUCUGAGUGGACACAGCCCUGUGCCCAGCGUGGGCAGUGUGGAGGAUGACUCUAACUGCAUGUCGUUCGCUCAGAUGCUGAGAGAUGGGAAAGCCAGGGUAGAUGCUGGGCCAUGGACCACCUCAAAGAAAGUGGCAGAUAGUGAUGGAGAGAGUGAUGGAGAGAGUAACCGGGUCCCAGUUCCCAGCUUCCAGAACUCUUUCAGCCAGGCCUUCGAGGAGGCACUCCUGCAGCACCAAGGUCCAACUGCUCCAACCCAGCCGUUGGUCAUCCCUGAGGAAAAGAGAGGGAAAAAGAAGAAGAAACAGAAGCUUCUAUUCAGCACCUCCAUGGUUCACACAAAGUAGACUACACUGAAGUUGAGACUUCUCCCUUUACCCUCUCACUUUUUAUUUGAUCCAUCUCCUGCUAUCACUCUUGUCAUUUUUCCAUGCAGCUCUAUUUUAGAAUUAUAAGCAAUGGAGAAUUCUUUUUUUUUUAGUAUGUAGCCAAAGGAAGUAAUACCUCCACCACAGUCCCACUCACUAUUUCUUCACUGGAACACCAUGAAAUUGUUUUAUUAUGCAUUCUACAAUAGUGCGAGCGUGCAAAGAUUUGUUCCACAACAAAGAUUUUGUCAGACAUACUUUGGGGUUAGACGGAUCAGUUUACCAUAGUAGGAUCUACUUAAGGUUGAUUAAAAUUGAAUAAGUUUAAGGGAUUCAUUUUAUAUUUGGGGUAGCAGUCAGCCAAUGAACUCUUCAGAUUUUCAAUCCUGAGUCUGAACACUGUCAGCCAUGAAUUUGGUCUUCAAACAAAUGUCUACUUAACUAACUAGUAAAAGGCAGAAGCUGACGCACACCUCAAACACUUUUAGAGGUGCAGACUGAGCGUAAACUAAAAAAAUAGGCGCACACUGUUUCCAAACAUUUUAAUGGGUAUAGUAACCAGCAUUGCUGAAACAUUGGUUGGGAGUAUAAUUAGUGUGCCACUAUUUUUAUACUAAACUAACAAAAUCCCUUCCAAUGAAAGUUGUUAUAUUUGAGCUUCAUGCUGAGAUGGCCUGAACAUAGCAGAACCUCUAUGCAUGAGUCUGAUUCUCUUAAGUCUGGAGGGAAUGUAAGGAAUACAGUGUAGCUUGUAUUAAAGGGUCUUGAAAACCUGUUGUGUGGGUGGCUGAGAAAUGCACUGUAGACCUUGUUUGAUUUAUUAGACCAUGCAUAUUAAUUUUCUUCUCUUUGUUCAGUUUUUCCCUUUUACCACAGGCAUUUUGCUGUCCUUUUCCUCAUUUUACUUUGAAGAACUAGUGUGUGGUCCAAUUUGUAACAUUGUCUUUUUAUCCCCUGGUUUCAAUUCAGUAUUGCAAAUAUAGUUUUUGUGUGAAGCUAGAGAUUUGCAUACUUUUGAUUGCUUGCUAUAUGAGUGAAAAGGUGGGAUUUAAAGACACUAUGUAAGUUUUGUUUGAAGGUUAUUUUAUUUACCUUUUUGAUUAUUUGGGGGCAAACAUGAGUAAACAUGAAAUAGGCUUACAUUAACUGGCCUGACAUUGGAAUGAAUAAAGGGUUAUGCUCAA